AUCAAAGCCCAGCGAGGCUCGACUCCAGGAGGCAAGCGGCAUUAUUCACAGGGGCGGGGCCGAGCACUCUGGAGGACAAGUGGCCAGGCCGGGGCUCAGAUCUUGAUCAGCUGAGAGUGGGACCGGCAUCCCAGGUGCCCUUGGCUCCAGCAGGGCAGGGCCACACCGAUGGACUGUCAGCAUCAGCCUCACCUCCAAGGACCCUAGCCCUGGCCCGCCACAGCUGCCUGUGCUGUGCAUCCCACCUUCUAGGCCACCAGCCGCUCUGCAGGGACGAAGCCAGCUCGGAGAAAAGAUGGAUCAUGUGAGUGGGGCUGAGAGAUUUAUGGAGCUGAGCUCCCGCGGCUGUAAAUCACCCUGCCCUCCCCGGUAUAAAGCGCCCGUCCAGCCCGCUGUGGGAAAGAGGAGACGCUCGCCACCCCCUGACCCCCAGCUCAGCGCGGGCUCCCGGCCCAGCCAGGUGGGUGCCCGGACCAGACGGAAAACGGAUUGGGGAGUGGGGAGUGGGGACUUAGGACGGGGUCCGACGGGGCUGCCCGCCGCCGCCUUUCUUUCCCUCUGCCCUCGAGCCAGAGACCCGAAGGGUCGCAGAGCCCUCGGGGUUGACCCGGGGUCCUGUUCGCUCCUCCUCCACAGUGACCCCCUCCAACCUCGCCCAGUCGCCCCUGCCAUGUCCGAGGAGCUGGCCCAGGGACCCAAGGAGAGCCCGCCGGCGCCGAGGGCAGGCUCUCGCGAGGUGUGGAAGAAGGGCGGCCGCCUGCUGUCGGUGCUGCUGGCCGUGAACGUGCUGCUCCUUGCCUGCACGCUCAUCAGCGGCGGCGCCUUCAACAAGGUAGCGGUGUACGACACGGACGUGUUCGCGCUGCUCACCACCAUGAUGCUGCUCGCCUCCCUCUGGACCCUCUUCUACCUCCUCCGGACCGUGCGCUGUCCCAACGCCGUCCCCUACCGGGACGCGCACGCCGGCCCCAUCUGGCUUCGAGGCGGGCUGGUGCUGUUUGGGAUCUGCACUCUCGUCAUGGAUGUCUUCAAGACUGGCUACUACUCCAGUUUCUUUGAGUGCCAGUCAGCCAUCAAGAUCCUGCACCCUCUCACCCAGGCUGUGUUUGUCAUCGUCCAGACUUACUUUCUCUGGGUCUCCGCUAAGGACUGUAUUCACGUCCACCUGGAUCUGACCCGGUGUGGUCUCAUGUUCACCCUCACCACCAACCUGGCCAUCUGGAUGGCGGCUGUGGUGGACGAGUCCGUGCACCAGACUCACUCCUAUGACAGUUCCCACAACAACACCAGCCACCACCGCUUCGCUCCUGACCCGGAGCGUGCAGGCAGCUCGGUGGGAGGAGACUGUCCGUGCAACACAGCCAUCUGCCAGAUCUUCCAGCAGGGUUACGUCUACCUGUAUCCCUUUAACAUUGAGUACAGCCUCUUUGCUUCCACCAUGCUGUAUGUCAUGUGGAAAAAUGUGGGCAGGCUGCUGGCCUCCUCCACCCAUGGCCACGGCCACACCCCGUCCCGGGUCAGCCUCUUCCGGGAGACCUUUUUCGCUGGCCCAAUCCUGGGCCUGAUGCUCUUUGUGGUGGGGCUGGCCGUCUUCAUCAUCUACGAGGUCCAAGUGAGUGGGGAGGGGGGCCGCACCCAGCAGGCCCUGGUCAUCUAUUACAGCUUCAACAUCAUCUGUCUGGGCCUCAUGACCUUGGUCAGCCUGAGCGGCUCAGUCAUCUACCGUUUUGAUCGCCGGGCCAUGGAUCACCAUAAGAACCCCACUCGAACCCUGGAUGUGGCGCUGUUGAUGGGUGCCGCCCUGGGUCAAUACGCUAUUUCCUACUACUCUAUUGUAGCCGUGGUGGUGGGCGCACCCAGGGACCUACUCGGGGGGCUCAACCUAGCCCAUGCUCUGCUCAUGAUUGCCCAGCACACCUUCCAGAAUGUGUUCAUCAUCGAGAGCCUCCACCGGGGACCACCCGGGGUUGAGCCUCGUGAUACCACCCCCAAGGAGCCCUGCCGUGGCCUGACCUUUGCCAACCUGGAUGCCCUCCACACCUUGCCUGCCUGCCCAUCCACCCCCAGGCUGGUUGGUCCCAGCCCAGAGAGCGCUCAGGAAGCAGUGGCCAUCAUCUUGGCCCCCAGGGGACACUGGAGACGCCGGUGCCUGAAGGACAUUUCUCUGUUUCUCCUGCUUUGCAAUGUCAUCCUGUGGAUCAUGCCUGCCUUCGGAGCCCGUCCUCACUUCAGCAACACUGUGGAAGUGGACUUCUAUGGCUACUCGCUCUGGGCAGCCAUCGUCAACAUCUGCCUGCCUUUCGGCAUCUUCUACCGCAUGCACGCUGUCUCCAGCCUGCUGGAGGUCUACGUGUUGUCUUGAAGCCCCCAAGAGAGACAUGCAGGGGUGGGGCUUGGCUUGUGUGUCUAUUCAGAGACCCCACCCCCCCAGGAGAGAACCCCAGGCUGGCAGUCACUGUGCCACAUUACCACCCAUUCCCACUGGCCCCAGGGUAGAAUUUUCACAAAAGUUAUUUUUCCAGGAUGAGUUUUUAAAUCAUCGUCAGGACAUACCCACCCACCCCAGCAGGACCCUGGGGUAUGGAGUGACCAGGGAAGGGAGACCUCUCCCCAUAGUAUCUAGGACCAGGCAAGAUCUGCAAGUGUCCGUGGCUGUGGUGCCACCCCUAAUCCCAGCCUCGUGGCCUGGCCGGGACUGCUGCCUGGAGUUGGAACCACCUGCAGUGUGCCCCUCCACCCCCCGCUUCUUGUCUCAGCUUCCCUGUCUGAGCUGAUUGCCAGAGAGGCUCUUGUGGGUCAGAGCUGGAAGGAACCCUGGAGAUUCUCAAGUCUCAAGCUUUUCAGUGGGUGAACCAAGUGUGAGUUAUAGACUGGCUACAGACCAGUACCUGGGGGCCUGGGAGGGGCUGGACGGGGUACCCAGGCUGCCAUCUUCCUCUUCCCCUUAUUCUCAAAUGACAAAUACAUUUGUUUAUGUGUUCCGUGAGGCAUGAAAGGUUAGGAAGGACUGACCUGGUCAAUUACCAUUUUACAAAGAAAGUAACAGAGGCCCAGAGAGGCAAAGUGACUUGCCCAAGGUCGCAGAGCCUUUCCGCUAAGCAUAAUGAUUUUCAAACGGCAGAACUUCUUUUUCCUCAAAUAAAAUAUUUCAGGAACCCAAGUUUAUAGCAUAAA